AUGAAGAAGAAUGAAAUCAGCCAACUUUCCAGGUUUAUCUACAUACGAAACAUAUUUCUCUUGGAAGUCAUCAUUGGGAUCAUAGCCAACACUGCCCUACUUCUCUCUCAUGUUCUCAUAAUACUUGUGGAGCACAAACUCAAGCUCAUUGAUCUGACUAUUGGUCACUUGGCCCUGAUCCAUGUAGUAAUGCUUCUAACUGUGGCUUUCAUAGCCAUGGACAUUUUUGAGUUUCAGUAUUUGGGGGAUGACAUCACAUGUAAAUGUGUUAUCUAUUUGUAUAGAUUGAUGAGGGGUCUUUCCAUCUGUACCACCUGCAUGCUAAGUGUCCUCCAGGCCAUCACCCUCAGCCCCAGAAGCUCCUGUCUGGCAAAGUUCAAACAGAAGUCCCUGCAUCAGAAUCUGUGUUGUUUUCUAUUUUUAUGGAUCUUCAAUAUACUCAUCAGUGUUCAUUUCUUAAUCUCCAUUAUUGCCACUCCCAAUAUGACCUCACACAGUUUUAUGUUUGUCACUCAGUCCUGCUCCCUUUUGCCCAGUAGUUAUUUACUCAAAUACAUAUCUAUCUCACUUCUGAGUUUACAGCACGUGACCUUUAUAGGCUUCAUGGCACUUUCAAGUGGGUACAUGGUGCUUCUCUUGCAUAGGCAUAAAAGGCAGUCCCAGCAUCUUCACAGCACCAGCCUGUCUCCAAAAGCAUCUGCAGAACAAAGGGCCACCCACACUAUUUUGUUGCUUAUGAGUUUCUUUAUCGUUAUGUACAUUUUGGACAGUGUUUUGUCUACCACCUCUGCAAUGCUAUGGGAUCGUGACCCAAUUCGUCAUUUUGUUCAUAUGUUUGUUGGCAAUGGAUAUGCCAUAGUUAGUCCUUUGGUACUAAGUAGUACUGCAAAAAGAGUGAUCAACUUCAUAACACCCAUGUAG